ACUCGCGCUACAGCAAAUCUACCGGGGUAUCUGCAGUAUGGAGACGAGUUACCGAAUACCAUCGUUUCUGGCAUCUCUGAACUGCGGGGGUCCGAUCGGCCGCUGACUCAGCGACACGGGUGUGAGGGACAGAGGGCAGUGCGCCGCCGUGGACGAGCCCAGCUCGGCGCGGCGACUGGGCGCCACAGUCACCGCAGUUGUGCCUCGUGGGGACGGAGGGACGCGGCGGAACAGCGCGCGACAGGCGAAUAGGCGACAGGCGCGACUUUACAGCGGAACAGCGGGACGGCGCAGCGAGCAGCCAUGUUGCCGGCGGCCCUGCUUGGACUGCUGGUGGCCGCCUCAGACAGUCGUCAUGUCCGGCCGCACGGCAGGCUCACCAACGACAUUGAGUGGCAGCACGCAGUGACCGGCCUGCAGCAGCUCCGGCAGCAUCGGCAGCGGCCUGGGCCCGUCAGUGGGUCCGCCGCAGCAAAUACGGUAUGUGAGUCGGGCACUUACCCUCCUCCUCCGGAGCGGGCCGUACCCCACUACAUCAUCAACCUGGACCUGCCACCGGAGUACCGCUACUGCAAGGUCAUGGAGGACCUUGGACCGGCGGCGAGUCAUCUGCUAAGCAUCGUGCGCUCCGAGGUGGCACCCAUUAUCGGGGAGAACACGUUCAAGGCGGUGGAGAAGCUGUCGGAGAUCAUCGGCCGCAAGCUGCCCUACCCGUUCCCUGACGAGAUACGAGGGAUCGCCACCGCCGCCAGCAUGGAAGAAGGCGAUGUGGCGCUGAUGAACAUCUUUUACGAGGUGUUCACCGUGUGCACUUCCAUAAUUGGCCGCGCCGCCGACGGCACCCUCUACCACGGACGAAACCUCGACUUUGGACUCUUCAUGGGCUGGGACAUGCAGAACCACACGUGGAAGGUGGCGGAGGCACUGCGGCCGCUGACCGUCACCUUCGAGUACCAGCGCGACAACCGCACCCUGUUCCGAACGGCGGGCUUUGCCGGCAUGGUGGGCGUGCUCACUGGAGUACGACCGGGCCUGUUCUCGCUGUCGAUCGACGAGCGAUUCACCCUGAAGCCUGGCCUCUGGUACAUGCUUGAGUGGGCCUUCGGAGGAGCAAACGUGCAGUGGAACACGGUCAUCACACGACAGGUCCUGGAGAAUGGUACCGACUACACAGCGGUCCAGAAGCAGCUGGCCAAAACGCCGCUGAUGGCUCCCGUCUACUUCAUCCUGGGAGGCAAUGGCUCCUCUGAGGCCUGUGUAAUCACCCGGGACCAGUACAAGGCGGACAUCUGGCCCCUGGGCACCCCCUCGGUCAGCCAGAAAUCCACCUGGUACCUUCUGCAGACCAACUAUGACCACUGGAAGCGUCCGCCGUUCUUUGACAAUCGGCGCGAUCCCGGCGUGCGCUGCAUGGACCGCCUGGGGGCUGACAAACUCACACCGGAAACUCUCUACGACGUGCUCAACUCCAAACCCGUCCGAAAUCGGCUGAGCGUCUACACAGCUCUGAUGCAGGCCAACCAGGGUCACAUGGAGGCCUGGCUGCAGUACUGCACGGACCCCGACUGCGCCAUCUGGUGAUUGAUCGCAGCUGCCACCUGGCGUUAGAGGGCAGAACUACACCAGAUCAGGCUGGCGAAGCCUCGACGCAAGCUCGUCGAUGGUGGACGGUAGCACGACGGUAGCACGUAUGUAAGUACAACAUACACCAGCUACGUGAGCGGAAUCGCGACAGUGGGCCUCUGUUUGAGUGCCAGUUUCCGUGGAUAGCGGAUCUAACUCAGCGAAGCAUUAUUCCCGAGCGAGGACGGACAGACAAGCACGACCGAGCUGGGGAGCCUUGUGAUCGGCGCAUUGUGAUUGCUCGGUUUUCCACAAAGCGAGGCUGGAUUGUCAUGAGCUUUGAGCCAUUGAUAUAACAAUAGUGUUGUAUCGCUCGUCCCUGGCGGAGAGUUCACGGUAAAUGGUUCUUAUGUGACAUUUACAUACGUAUAUUCGUCAGUGUACGCUUUGUGUAACUGCAUGUUUUCGAACAAUAUAUUAUCAAGAGCGAAA